AUGACAUUAAAACAGGUGAACAAUCUCAGUGAAUUUGUAAACAUGGAAAAAAUGUGUCAUCGUUAUGUGAUACAAUACUUUCAUCUGAAAGGUUUCAGUCCAACCAAUAUUAAAGCUGAGCUAGAUUCUACUCUGGGGGAGUGUGCUCCCUCGUUUACAGCAAUAAAAUAUUGGGUGGCAGAGUUUAAACGAGGCCGUACGAGCUGCCAAGACGAACAUCGUAGUGGUCGACCAAGUGAGGUGACCAUGCCAGAAAUGGUGGAAAAAAUCCACAAAAUGGUAUUGGAUGACAGUCAACUCAAAGUGCGAGAGCUAGCAGACAUGGUAGGCAUUUCAAAAAGUGCUGUACAUCGCAUUUUAACUGAAAAUUUGGACAUGAGAAAGCUGUGCGCAAGAUGGGUGCCGCGUUUGCUCACAAUGGGACAAAAACAGCGUCGUGAGGAUGUUUCAAUCGAGUCUUUGGCAAUGUUUCGCAGCAACAAAGCCGAGUUUUUGCGUCGAUUCAUAACCAUGGAUGAAACAUGGGUCCAUCACUUCACACCUGAGACGAAAGAACAGUCGAAACAAUGGACUGAAAGGGGAGAAUCAGCUCCAAAGAAGGCGAAAACAGUUCCAUCUGCUGGCAAGGUCAUGGCGUCAGUUUUUUGGGAUGCGCCCAGGAAAAACAAUCAACGGCAAGUAUUAUGCGAACUUAUUGCAGCGCUUGAGUGAUGAAAUCAAGAAAAAAAACGGCCACAUUUGGCGAAAAAGAAAGUGUUGUUUUAUCAAGACAACGCAGUUCACACAUCCGUUAUUGCGAUGGCCAAAAUCAAUGCGUUAAGGUUCAAAUUGCUUCCUCACGCACCCUAUUCGCCAGAUUUAGCCCCCUCGGAUUAUUUUCUCUUUCCAAACUUAAAAAAAUGGCUUGGUGAUAAAAGAUUUGCCAACAAUGAAGAGGUGGAGUCUGCGGUUGAUGGCUAUUUUGAGAAACCCUACAGUUCUCACUAUAAACAGGGGAUCGAAGCUAUUGUACAUUGCUGG